AUAAACAAUGCUGCAAUAAGUCUACUAAAGCGAGCCACAGAGCAUACUGUUGAGGAUUUCUCAAAUGUAAUGGAUACUAAUGUUAAGGCCCCAUACCAUCUCUCCCAACUAGCAUACCCUAUGCUCAAAGCAUCUAGACUUGGAAAUAUCAUUUUUAUUUCCUCUAUUGCUGGUGUCAUGGGUCUACCUGCUAUCUCAGUCUAUGCAGCGUCUAAAG